AAGCAGCACGAAAAGGCCGUGCGUGCCGGGAAAUGGCCUUGUUUUAUGAUAUUUUGUUUGAAAGAGCAGCAAAAGAGCCGCUCGGCGGCCUGCGAGGAGGCGGCGACGCGCCUGUCAGCCCGCCCUGAGGCGGCGGGGACGCGCCUCAGCCCGCUCUGAGGCGGCGGCGGCGGCGGGGCUGCUGUGUCGCGACAUGGGGGACGAUUUAGGGUCGGAAGGCGACACCCUGCUUCAGUCAGAGAAGGAGUUCCAUGGUGCAGCGAAGCGAAAUGAUACGGCCAGGAUGGAAGAACUCAUCAGCAGAGGAGUUGAUAUCAAAGCCAAAAACAAUACAGAGCGGACUGCCCUGCACUGGGCUGCAGGAGCAGGGAGUGUGGAUGCUGUGCGGCUGCUCCUGGAUCACGAUGUCCCUGUGGAUGAUGAAGACAGUUUUGGAAUGAAUGCUCUUCUCCUGUCUGCCUGGUUUGGCCAUCUCCGUGUCCUGCAGAUCCUUGUCAAUGCUGGAGCCAAGAUUAACCAUGUCAAUAGGAAUGGCAGGAACCUGCUUCACUGUGCAGCUCAGAGGGGACACAUUCAAGUCAUGGAGUUCAUCAUGGAGGACUUGGAGGACAUGUGUGUGGAUGAGACAGACAAGAUGGACAGAACAGCAUUUCACCUGGCUGCAGAAUACGGGCAGCUGGAGGUGGUGGAGUUCCUCAUUCAACUGGAUUGUUCUUACAGUGCCAAAGACAAGGAAGAAAAUACAGCAUUGCAUUUAGCUGCUAAAAAUGGACACCUCUCUGUGCUGGAGAAGAUUAUAGAUGUAGGAGUGGACCUUGAUGAAAAAAACUCAGAAGGACUCACGGCUCUGCACCUGGCUGCUGAGGGGGGACACAGCCUCUGUGUGAAGCUGCUCGUGGAAGCGGGUGCUGAUGUCAAUGCCCAAACCCAGAAAAAGAUGAACUGCCUUCAUUAUGCAGCACUGCAUGGCUAUGAGGAGAUAGCCAGGAUCCUCAUGGAUGCAGGAAUCCACAUGGAUGCUCUCAAUCAUCAAAAUGCAUCAGCAACACACAUUGCAGUCCUGCAGAACUUCCCAGCCAUGGUGAAGCUCUUCAUCAGUGCAGAGUGUGACCUUGACAUUCCAGAUAAUAGGCAGCAGACCUCACUCCACAUCGCUGCAGAGCACAGCAGGCAGGACAUUGCUGAGAUGAUUCUCAUUGCAGGAGUUAAUCUGAAGCUAACAGACAAGCAGGGGAAAACAUCGCUGGAUGUUGCUGCCAGAGGCAAUCACAUCAUCUUGGUAGACAUGAUUAUCAAGGCGGAUCGAUUUUACAAAUGGAAGAAGGACAGCCUGAACAGCGACUCCAGCUCAUGGGUGGCAAAGCACUUGACCUUUAAGCAGGAUCACAGGCUGGAAACACAGCACAUUCGCUCAGUCAUGUGGAGAUUAGCCACUAAGUACCUCAAACCUGGGGAAUGGAAGAAGCUGGCACAUUACUGGAAAUUCACGGAUGACCAUAUUAGGGCCAUUGAGCAACAGUGGACAGGCACUAAAAGCUACAGGGAACAUGGCCACAGAAUGUUGCUGAUCUGGCUCCAUGGUGUGAUCACUGCAGGAGAAAAUCCAAUCAAGGGACUGUAUGAAGGCCUGGUGGGAAUUGGGAGAAGAGAUUUAGCAGAAAGUAUCCGGAAAAAAGCAAACGCAGACUCCACCUCUCCACGGAAGUGCACAGCAAUGUAA